AUACUGUUUUCAACACAAAUGGGGAAGAAGAUGAAGCUACCAUUUCUCUGCAAGAACGAAGAACCAUUAAUUACUCAUCAGCAGCCAUUGCAAUUGUCUUCAUGCAUGCAACCAAAUAGUCUUAUUUUUCAAGAAGAAAGGGAGAUUUACAAUGGGGAUCAUUCAACUGAGUCGAUGAUCAUACGUGGGUUGAAAUCAGAGAGGCUGUUCUUCGAUCCCAAUGGAACUAGAUCACUUGUUUGUAAGAGGGAACCAAUUAUAUCGGAUCAUGAGGGAAUUCCAUUUGAAAAGAUCAGCGUAGCUUUGGCAAUGGAUUCUGCGGAUCCUUAUGGGGAUUUUAGGAAAUCAAUGGAGGAGAUGGUUGAAAUAAAUGGAUUGAGAGAUUGGGAGAGUUUGGAGGAGUUGUUGGGAUGGUAUUUGAGGAUGAACGGGAAGAUGCACCAUGGUUUUAUUGUUGGUGCUUUCGCUGAUCUUCUUGUUGGGGUGUCUAUGCCGCCAUGUUCUGAUUCUGCUACCUCUUAUUCUUCUUUGUUUUCAUCUUCCUCCUCUUCAUCUUCGUCGUCUCCUCCCAUAUCUCCAUCUAUGAGAGCUAGGAGAAAGAGAGAUUUGAGGAAGAAGACCAAAAAUAUAAUGUAAAAUAU